AUGGAUGUGUUACAGACGCUCCUUAAUGCAAUAGUACUGAUGUUGCAUGGAUUUGUGUCAUGCCAGAUUAUCGUUUUCAUUAUCGAUGACAUAGCUGAUGUUUGUUGCUUUCCUUCAGGUAUUCUUGACAUGAGAAAUAUAGGGAAGCAGAGCCAAAGGCAAAGCUCAACCAUGGACAAUAUAUGGUUCAAAUUGCCCAAAAUGAAUGUGCAUUCAAGCCUGAAAUUCAUCUUCUUUGUAAUGGAAACGAAUUGUCAUUUUGCCAAUGGUCAAGUUGCUUCAACUGAUGACGAUGCUGGGAUUAUCCUCACAUUGAUCCUUGCGGUUGCGGGUGGUUUUUGUGCUGCUCCAGUUUCUUUCAUCUACCUUGUCAUGUUUAGGACAGGCUCUACCAUGCUCCGUGCUUCAACGCAUUUGUACUCGACCAGGUCAAAGGACUUGAUUUUAAACCAACGCAGCACUGUCCGCCUUGUCUAUAAGCCCUCGGUUGCGGCAUUCAACUCGAGUUCGCAGGCCACUCGUAUUCAGAUGUUUUCAAACGGCAUUGAUGCAUGGGAUUUCUCGCUUUCUAUAGGCUCACGGUAUAAACGCCUUUCAGCCUCGUCAUUGCAGCUUUUAGGUGAAGUUGCAGACAUUUCUGCCUCAUCAAUGCAGUUUCUGGAUGAAAAUGAAGGUGACUUGUGGCAUAAUGUCAAUGUCUUACCUAGACGGCAGGGGUCUCUCCUAACAACAAGAGCAUAUAAGGAUGAUAUAUUCGAAUUCCGUUACCCCGUGAUAACCGAAAAGCCCAAGUGGUGGUGGAGGACUUUGGCCUGUGUUCCCUAUUUAAUAGCUUUGCAGAUUUCCGAUACCGGAUAUUUUCUUCAACCUUUCCUAGAACAUCAUGAGAUGCUUGGAAAUUUGAUUUAUUUCAUCCCGGGAGUCAUAAAGAGAUUUCCUCCAUGGUUCACAAUGAUAUAUUGCUAUUUCGGAUACAUUGGGAUCGUGAAGAACAAAGACUGUCCUCAUUUCAUUAGAUUCCACCUGAUGAUGGGCAUGUUAUUAGAAACUGGUCUGCAGUUACUGUGGUAUACAGGCAACUUCUUCCCAUUCAUACACUAUAACGGCACGUUCGGGAUGUACUUUUGGGCCGGCAUCGGAUUCGGCUUCAUCUUCGCUUUGCUGGAAUGUGUUAGGAGUGCUCUUGGUGGUAAAUAUGCUCACAUCCCUUUUGUGAGUGAUGCUGCAUAUAUACAUACUCUGUUUAAUAUAGGAAGAAUUCAGAGGCCAUUUUAGAAAUCUUUCAUGGGU